ACAGCACUACCCCUGAAUCAACUUCCCACAUCCAGUUCGUAUUCCUUGAGAUUACUGCAUUUCCAUUGAAGUGGCCUCUGAUGACGCUGUAGCCACUAUCGCGUUUGAAGAAGUCACAAACACCUUAAUAAAUCUGCGGAUGAGAUCAAGGGCUCCCUCUUUCGCUUUGGCAGCACGCGUCUAAACUAGAUUUAACCAAGAAAACACAUCCAGGAGCCUAGUUUACCAACACUGUAGAGAUGCGUCUUUUUCGGCCAACAAGAUUAAGUAUGACUUUUAAAAAUGUCAUUAUCGCAAAAGUCAGACCAGAGAAUGGUAUUGCUUGUAAAGGUUACUGCACUUUCCUUGCCAUUCCAAAUACCAGGAGCGAGAGAAGGCUAACUUUGGGACCGUUACAUUUCAAUAAUUCCUGGACAGCGACUGCACAGCGUGAGUUGAGAGUUCUCUCAUCUUUGUCAACAACUAACAAGCAACAAUGUAACAGAACAUUAACAACAAAUACCAACGCAUACGACGAAGCUUUCAGAACAGCGAGGGAUGACCCUGAACAGUUUUGGAGUGAAGCAGCACAGAAUGUAACCUGGUUUGAGCCAUGGAGCCGAACAAUGGACAAUGGGGACGCCAUAUUUCCAAAGUGGUUCGCCGGGGGGAAGUUGAAUGUUUGCCACAAUGCGGUGGAUCGCCAUGUCGAGAGCGGACGAGGAGAUCAACCGGCCAUCAUUUAUGACAGCCCAGUGACUGGAACUAAGCAGACCAUCACUUUUAGAGAACUACAGGAACAGGUGUCCAGGCUGGCUGGGGUCCUGGUGAAACACGGGGUGUGGAAGGGCGACCUGGUGGUCAUCUACAUGCCCAUGGUGCCCCAGGCCAUGUUCACCAUGCUAGCCUGUGCCAGGAUCGGAGCCCCGCACAGCCUCAUUUUUGGGGGAUUCGCCUCCAAGGAGCUGUCUGUCCGCAUCGACCAUGCCAAGCCCAAGAUGAUAGUGACGGCCUCCUUUGGCAUUGAGCCUGGCAGGAGAGUGGAGUACAUCCCCCUGGUGGAGAAAGCCCUGGAGCUCAGCUCUCACAGGCCCUCCAAGGUCGUCAUCUACAACCGGCCCGGCAUGGAGAAGGUGUCCAUGCACCCUGACCUCAGUCUGGACUGGGAGGAGGAGAUGUCCACUGCACGUCCUCAUGACUGUGUGUCUCUCCCUGCCAGCCAUCCUCUAUACGUCCUCUACACGUCUGGGACCACCGGAACUCCUAAGGGCGUUGUCAGGGAUACUGCUGGGUACGCUGUGAUGUUGACGUGGACCAUGGCAAACAUUUAUGGCCUCAAGCCUGGUGAAGUAUGGUGGGCAGCGUCUGACCUGGGCUGGGUAGUGGGCCACUCCUACAUCUGCUACGCCCCUCUACUCCACGGCAACACCACCAUCUUAUACGAGGGCAAGCCUGUUGGGACGCCGGAUGCCGGGGCGUUCUUCCGCGUGCUGUCAGAGCAUGGUUGUUCCUCCAUGUUCACCGCGCCCACUGCCAUCCGAGCCAUCCGCCAGCAGGACACCCAUUCCGCCAUAGGGGCUCAGUACCCCCUCACCAGAUUGAAGAGCCUUUUCUUGGCUGGAGAGCGCUGUGACGUGGAGACUCUGAACUGGGCCAAAAGGAGCUUUGGAGUGCCUGUACUGGACCACUGGUGGCAGACUGAGAGUGGCUCAGCCAUCACAUCCUCCUGUAUUGGCCUGGGAAACUCCCUGUCUCCCCCUGCUGGUCAGGCUGGCAAACCCGUUCCAGGAUACAAUGUCACAGUGAUCGACGAUGAUAUGCAGGAGGUGACGCCAAGGACCCUGGGAAAUAUUGUGGUGAGGCUGCCACUACCACCAGGAGCAGCCUUAUCUCUGUGGCAGAACCCGGAGCUUUUCAAGGAGCUCUACUUCACCAAGUUCCCUGGUUUCUAUGACACCAUGGACGCAGGCUACGUGGAUGAGGAGGGUUUCCUGUACAUCAUGUCUCGCUCUGAUGAUGUCAUCAACGUGGCGGGCCACAGGCUGUCGGCAGGGGCACUGGAAGAGUCUGUCCUGCUGCAUCCCGGGGUGGUGGACUGUGCUGUGGUGGGUCUGGAGGACUCCCUGAAGGGUCACGUCCCCCUGGCUCUGUGUGUUCUCAGAAACGACCUAAAGAAGAGCCAAGGAGACGUGGUGAAGGAGAUGGUGAGCCUGGUCAGAGAGACCAUCGGGCCCGUGGCUGCUUUCAGGAAGGUGGUGAUUGUCAGAGGUCUCCCAAAGACCCGCUCUGGGAAGAUCCCCCGCUCCUCCCUGGCUAACCUGGUCAACGGGAAGCCAUACACGAUAUCCCCUACCAUUGAGGACCCAGAUGUGUACAAGGAUAUUGAGAAGAUGGUGAAACAGGAGCUGAGACCCGCUGGACAGUGACUCUCUAACCCUCCAACUAGGUUGCAGACAUUGCAGUCUAUAAUGAAGGGUGGACUAGAACUGUUCCUCUGAUUAGACAGAAAACAGGCAGGUUGCAAGAGCUGUAUGUACUUUAGCCAACUCCUCUGACUUUUGUUGGCGUGACAACGAACAUGGUACAACAGGAGUUGACUAUGGCACAAGCAGAUUUGCAAACCGGUCACAGUGUAUCUUCACUAUUCCACUGAAGACACUCCCAAUUGUAGACUUAACAGUUACGCCGUCUAACAUUACCCAAAGGGAACAGUCAUUCUGAGAGAUGGGUGUCACUACCUCUGUGUGGAAGUGACAUUGAAUAACCAGGACAAGAAAUGACAUGAAAUAACUUGGUGGUAGACCUUGAACAGUGGUUAACAAUAUUGUGAACAUUUGCAGUAUAUUUACUACUGUGAAAUAAAAUGUAAAAAAAAAAACUUGGUAUAGCUACAGUAUACUUUCAAUUAUCUGAGUAAGGCCUAGAUUCAAUCAGAUCAAGUGUUAACCGGCGAUAGCCGACACCUGCAUAACUGGUUUGGAGGUGUCGGAGGUGUAACUGCAUUGGAGUCAAAUUGGUGAGAAGCUGCUCUUGAUCAUUGUCACAAAGCCACACCCAUUGGUGUUAGAAUUUCAGAAGGAGAAAGUAGGCUAUAUAGAAAUACUGACGCUCAAAUUGAAAAUCAUUCAACUAAAAUAAUGAGGAUUUCUAUCAGCCUAAUCAAGGUGUAGAUUACAUCUCACAUUCCAGUGUUCGAACUUGUAAACAAGGCUGCAUGGUAUUUCUCUUAAUGCGACUUCGUGCAGUCAAUAGCAAUGUCCGCUUUAGGUAUAACGCCAGGAGCUGCUUGUGCAUUUAACAGCUCUAACUCAGUUUCACCCCUGACUCCACCAAAACAACCGCUAUGCAGUUUAAAGCCUGUUUGUCAUAUCCUCAUGGUGUUACCAGUAAUGGGUACCAAUAUCAAAGAUAGUACAUGAUGAAGAUAGGCAGAAACUCCCUCUCCAAUAGAAAUCCCAGAUCACACUUUGUAGCCGAUCUCAUCUGGUCUAGCGGUCGUGUCGCGCCGAACUGCACAUGUGCAGGCGUCAAAUCAAAGGCAGAGGUCUUCAAGAAAUGGGCCUGGGGCUUUCCCACCUAGACCUGAUAUGCAUAAAUAAUACAAUAAUAGAGACCGUUACAAACGGACCCGAGAACUAGAUCCGUUGCAUAUAGACCUGGUCGGAUCCAGACCCGAUCCGAGUGAGGGAAGCAGUAGAAGUCAUUUACUUUAUUAACAUGAGCUGAUAAAGUGUGAGAGGAGGGAGAGAGGUACAACUCUAGCAUGCGGGGGAGGGGCUGUAAUGUGAGCGAGUGACACUGGGAGGAGGGAGGGAGAGACUAUACAAAUUGAUGGAAGGUGGUGUUGGGGGAAAAACAUACAACAUUAUAAAAUCCAUGUACACAAACGACAGUCGUGUUCGGAUCUGUUAUACAGUUUCCCGUUGUCUCUAAUGCACCAGUCGUGUUCGGAUCUGUUAUACAGUUUCCCGCUGUCUCUAAUGCACCAGUCGUGUUCGGAUCUGUUAUACAGUUUCCCGCUGUCUCUAAUGCACCAGUCGUGUUCGGAUCUGUUAUACAGUUUCCCGCUGUCUCUAAUGCACCAGUCGUGUUCGGAUCUGUUAUACAGUUUCCCGCUGUCUCUAAUGCACCAGUCGUGUUCGGAUCUGUUAUACAGUUUCCCGCUGUCUCUAAUGCACCAGUCGUGUUCGGAUCUGUUAUACAGUUUCCCGCUGUCUCUAAUGCACCAGUCGUGUUCGGAUCUGUUAUACAGUUUCCCGAUGUCUCUAAUGCACCAGUCGUGUUCGGAUCUGUUAUACAGUUUCCCGAUGUCUCUAAUGCACCAGUCGUGUUCGGAUCUGUUAUACAGUUUCCCGCUGUCUCUAAUGCACCAGUCGUGUUCGGAUCUGUACAGGCCCUUCUGGACAAGUCAGGUAAAAUUACACAUACCCAAGACCCAUGACAAUCAUAUCAGAUCCUUCCCAGACACGUGACAUUAUUUUGAAUUCUGGAUCCAGACACUCAGGUCCCGGAUCGGGUCUCGGUACUGUGAUUCGGGUACGGGUGGAUCCGUGGACCUCUAAAAGGCAGUCCUCCGAUAUAAAGUUGUUUUAGAUGAAAAUGAAAACAUGUCAGUUUGUCACUUUUUCAUGAGGUUGUAAUAAUGACAGUUUCAGCUACUUAAGACAUUGCCUCGAAUCUAGGUUUUGCUUUUAGAUUUCGAGAAAACAACUAAGGACGCAUUUUUCACUUCUCCCAUUGACUUCUCAAACCCAGGUCUGGUCUGCCGAGUUUGUUCCGCAAGCAUUCCCAGAAGACUCACGAUGUUACGCCUCUGGGUUUAGAAACUCUGUGCCAAUAUUGUUCAAACAGCCAUCAUGCAUUGUGUUAAUUAUUUAAAGAAGCGACAUCUCCAUUGGCCAAAAAAAAGUUUAAGGGUGGGUCUCACAGAAUCUCAGUUGAAAGUGAUUUUAAAGGUCCAAUGCAGCCUUUUUAAAAGUUAAGUGCCUUACUGUGAUUCUUCUCAAUUUAAAUGGUUCAAAAUAAACACAAAUAGCUUCUUAGCAAAUAGACUGUCUGAGUGAGAGCCCUAACUGGACAGGCCUAAUAUGAGGGAUAUAUUUAUGUAACCUGAAAACUUGCAGGUUAUUGGCAGAGAGGUUUGAAACUCUCUUUAUUGGUUUAUUGAAGGCCCAGUGCAGUCAAACUGAUUUUCCUGUGUUUAAUAUUUCCACACUAUGAGGUUGGAAUAAUAUUGUGAUAAUGAUAAUGCCCUUUUAGUGUAAGAGCUGUUUGAAAAGACCGCCUGAAAUGUCAUCCUGUUUUGGUGGGAUGGAGUUUUGGCCUGCCCGGCAGUAAAUUAGUUUAUAGAUCCAUAAGAGAGUUCCAAACCUCUGCCAAUAACAGCAAUUUCCCAUUCCCACUCAGGCCACUCCCAGACAGUCCUAGCAAAAGUCUUGCUUGAGAAAUAGCUUUUUGCAAAGGUAUUUCUGUUUCUCUUUGAUUGAAAACAAUUACAGUAAGGUACUUACUUGUUAACCAGAAAUUAUUUGAUAUUGAGAUUUUUUAAAAGGCUGCAUUUGACCUGUAAGCAAUUUGGGUCCAGGAAAACAUCAGAGCCCUGGGUGUAUUUGGGUACAUUAAACACUGAACAUUGUAGUUAGAAAUAGACUGAAUAGAGCUGACACGAUUCCCUAUUCCAUCUGAUAGAAAUCUAUUGUGUAGAACAAAAAUUAUUGUCUAUCUGAACAUUCUGUUACGUUAUGUCCUCCUGAACAGGCCCCUGCAGUUGCUGGAAGGUUGUCCCACCUCAUAACUUAGCUUCAGUUUGGGUUCCAUCCUCAUGCUGCCAACAUUUUAACACUAUUAAUGAAGCUUACUUUAUACCUACUUACAGACUUCAACAAACUCCAACCGUACAAAUCAAAACCCCUUCAUAUUACUAUGACAACAUAACCAUUUAGCAGUCAACGGAAUAUCACUUAAAGCACUAAUGAUGCCAGAACUGAGCUCUGGAGUGGAUAUUCCACAUCCUGCAUCUAUCAUCCAAUCUACCUUGUUGAUCCAUUGAUAUGUCAAUGUGUGUAUUGUCAUAUAUUAUAUAUAUUUUUUUAAAUAUAUAUUUUUAAAUCCCAGCCCCUGUCCCCGGUAGGCCAUCAUUGUAAAUAAGAAUUUGUUCUUAACAGACUUGCCUAGUUAAAUAAAAUAAUUGUCAUGUUUAGUUUAUAUCUUAUAGUUUAAUAUGAUGA